AUGACCAGCCGCUCGAAGAUAACGGACGCCGAUUGGGAAGGGCACAAGAGCACCAUUCACCAACUGUACAUUGUGGAGAACAAAACCUUGGCCACUGUCAGGGAGAAGAUGGCUUCUGAGUACAACUUCCACGCUACCACAUCACAAUAUACAACUAGGUUCUCGGUGUGGGGCUUCCAGAAAGGCUUCCGUCCUGAGACUUGGGAGGGAAUCAGCAGGAGCUUGAAGAAAAGGAAAUUGGCCCCUUCAAAUGUCGAGGUCUUCAUCAAUGGUGAGGUUAUUCCAGAAAAGAAACUGAAGAAGGGGAUUUUGCGCUAUGACCUUCCUACCAUGCGCCUGUGCAUGCAGUCGAGAGCCACCACGCCUGACGGGGUCGUCAUACGCCCCAAGCAUCGACAGCUGAAAUUCGAGUUACCUAGCUACGAGUUCCUCCCGAUUUUGCAGGAGACAUUCCAGCUUGUUUGUGGCUGGGAGCAUGCCUCGCCUCCACCUUCGACCUUGCUGGAUGAUGCCUUUGACGAUAUGGGCGCCCUUGUCGAAGCAACCGAGUCGGAUGGCGAAACACUUGAUCUCAUACACUCACUUCAUUGCCGAUCCCAAACCAGGCCGCAGUCAGAGCGCUGCAGAGUUAUGCUAUUUCUCACCCCGGUAGACACUUACAUUGGAGCUUUGUUCUCCAUACCGCCAUAUCGGACGCUAUCGCAGGUCAAUUCAAUCUUGCUGAACAGACUCAGACCAUUCUUCAUAGAGAGUUUAACUCAUGAUCUCCAGACUGUUGUCGAACAAUUGUUGGACUCGAAAUCGAAAACCAGAACACAGGUGCUGAUGUUUAUCACGGUUUUCCUGAUCUCAAAUGGCCACCUCAUAUACGGUGAAGAGGAUGUCGACGCCGCUGUCCAGCUACUCUAUGUGCAAGGUAUCUGGAUCCGGAAGAGGUCGUCCAGAUCGUACAGCGGCUGA